GUGUAAUGAAUUGUGCUGAGAAUGUGUUUUCUAAACAGCUGAUUGACCUUUUAUAACAGUUCAUGGCGCAUGCGCAGACGUUACAAUUCGAACUUGUAAAAUUCUUUGUCGUGCGCCAUUUUACACGUUUGCGACUAAGUCCAGAAAUAUGAACGGUGAUAGUGGCGAUUCAACGGUUCAAUCAUCCGAGCCGGUGAGAUCUGUAGAAAACGAGGGGUCAGGCGAGCCUUUGUUCAAAAAGCCUGUUGAAAAUGGGUUGUCCAAUGGUGUAAGCAGCGGUUCUGACAAGCCUAAGUCAAGUAGCAGUUCAGACAAACAUCGCUCAAGCAGCUCCCACAAAAGUAGCCAUUCUGAUAAGCACAAAUCGAGUAGCAGUUCGGACAAACAUCGCUCUAGUAGCAGCUCCGACAAACAUCGCUCAAGUAGCAGUUCGGACAAACAUCGCUCAAGUGGCAGUUCGGACAAACACAGAUCGGAUAAGCAUAAAAGUAGCAGUUCUGAUAAGCAUCGUUCUAGCAGCUCACACAAGAGUAGCAGCCAUGACAAGCAUAGAUCCAGCAGCUCUCAUAAGUCAGGCAGUGGAAGCAGUUCUGAUAAACACAAGUCGAGCAGCAGUAGUAGCUCACAUAAGUCGAGCAGUAGUGGUUCACACAAGUCGAGCAGUGGGAGCAGUUCUGAUAAACAUAAGUCGAGCAGCAGUUCAAGUCACAAGUCUAGUAGCAGCUCUGAUAGACCAAAAAGUAGCUCAUCACACAAAUCCAGUUCAUCGGAGAAGGUUAAGACAGAAGUGAAGAUUGAGCCAGUGGUGAAGUCUGAGCCAGUUGAGGUCAAGGAAGAGGCCCCAGAUAGUGAUGAUGAUGUACCUUUGGGUGCCAGAGCAGUUGAGCCUCCAGUGAGAUCCCCAACCAGAGUGAAGCAGGAGAAGCGUUACAAGGAAGACUCCGAGGAAGAAGAUGACGAUGACGAUACACCACUCUCUGCCAGGGCACCACCUCCUAAGAAAUUCAAGCAAGAAAAGGUUAAGAAACGCAAGGCAGAUUCUGAUAGUGAAGAUGAGUACACUCCUGUGAAAAAGAAAAAAGAGGUCAAGGUGAAGAAGGAACCAAUGUCCCCUCCAGUGAAGAAGCCCUCAAAGACACCUACCAAGACACCAACGAAGUCACCCACGAAGGCACCCACCAAAGGGAAGAAAGGCAAGAAGCAAGAGGAGGAAGGAGAGCGUUGGAAAUGGUGGGAAGAAGAUCACCAAGAUGAUGGUACAAAAUGGCAUUUCUUGGAGCACAAAGGUGUAUUAUUUGCACCUGAAUACGAACCACUGCCUGACCAUGUCGAGUUUAAAUACAACGGCAAAGCAAUGAAGCUAACUCCAGAAACUGAAGAAGUUGCAACUUUCUAUGGGCGCAUGUUGGACCAUGACUACACUACUAAGGAAGUGUUUAACAAGAACUUCAUGAAAGAUUGGAGAAAGGUAAUGACUAAAGAGGAAAAAGAAACCAUCACUGAUCUUACAAAGUGUGACUUCAGACAAAUCCUUGCACAUUUUAAGGAGCAAUCUGAGAAGCGCAAAGCUAUGUCCAAGGAAGAAAAGAAGGUCAUCAAGGAACAGAAUGCAGCCAUACAGGAGGAAUAUGGCUUCUGUACAAUGGAUGGGCACAAGGAAAAGAUCGGCAACUUCCGUAUAGAGCCCCCAGGACUGUUCCGUGGGCGAGGGGACCAUCCUAAAAUGGGGAUGCACAAGAGACGUGUUUUGGCUAGGGACGUCAUAAUCAACUGUAGCAAAGAUGCUGAAGUGCCGGCUCCUCCACCAGGUCAGAAAUGGAAGGAGAUCAGACAUGACAACUCUGUAUCAUGGUUGGCCAGCUGGACUGAGAACAUCCAAAAUUCUACUAAAUAUGUCAUGUUGAACGCAAGUUCUAAACUCAAAGGCCAGAAAGAUUGGCAGAAGUAUGAAACUGCACGUAAACUGCACAAGUGUGCUGAUAAAAUUAGGGCCCAAUACCAGAUGGACUGGAAGAGUAAGGAGAUGAGGAUUCGACAACGAGCUGUUGCUAUGUACUUCAUUGACAAGCUUGCUUUAAGAGCUGGCAAUGAGAAAGAUGAAGGAGAGUCCGCUGAUACUGUUGGUUGCUGCUCAUUGCGUGUUGAACACAUCACAUUACACGAAGAAAAGGAUGGCAAAGAUUAUGUCGUGGAGUUUGACUUCCUGGGAAAAGAUUCCAUUCGGUAUAAUAAUAGUGUACCUGUGGAGAAACGCGUGUACAAGAACCUCAUGUUAUUUAUGGAUAACAAGUCACCUGAGGAUGAUCUCUUUGACAGACUAAAUACUGCCACUCUCAACAAACAUUUACAAGGCCUCAUGGAUGGUCUUACAGCCAAAGUAUUCAGGACAUAUAAUGCCUCAAAGACUCUAAGUGAACAGCUACAACUAUUAACCAAUGAGGAAGACACAGUAGCGGCUAAACUUUUAUCAUACAAUCGAGCCAAUCGUGCUGUUGCUAUCUUGUGUAACCAUCAACGUGCUGCACCAAAGAACUUUGACAAACAGAUGGAGAACAUGCAAGUCAAAAUUGAUGACAAGAAGAAGGCAAUCAAGACUUGUAAAAAAGAACUGAAGGCUGUCAAAGCUGAAUACAAAGCUACAGGAUCUGAUAAGGCCAGGAAUGCUUAUGAGCGUAAGAAGAAACAGCAGGAGCGAUUGGAAGAACAGCUUGACAAGCUGAAUGUGGCCCUUACAGACAAGGAUGAGAAUAAGGAAAUAGCUUUAGGCACCUCCAAAUUAAACUACCUGGAUCCAAGAAUCUCCAUAGCCUGGUGCAAGAAAUGGGAUGUGCCAGUUGAGAAAAUCUACAAUAAGACUCAGCGUGAUAAGUUUACAUGGGCAAUGGACAUGGCAGAUGAAGAUUUUGUAUUUUAAACUGACAACGGUGGACAUUAUGAAACCUCCAUACUCAAAUAUUAUUGAUUGUGGAAAUUAUAAUGACAUUGUAAAGAAAAUGGGAGAAUAUGUGGCUAGAAAUGUGCGGCUUCAGUGUGAUUUAUGUGGCUGAAUUGUGAACUGUGUGGCUGAAAUAGGAAAAUAGUUUGUAAACUCAGAAGUGUAGUAUUUUAGUGUUAAUAUUAUUAAACUAUUUGGCACUUUGUAUAUUUUGGCAGUGUUUUAGAGUACGUCAUUUUAGUCGUAAAAUGUCUAAAAUUAUUUCUGAACAGUACUUUAAAUGUGAAAAAUUGUGUAUUAAAUUGAUGACAAUACUUAGAAUUGAAUUAGUAUCAUGAAUUGAAAAUGGUUUCACAACAGAUUAUGAAAUUAUAUUUUUGUAAGUUACUUCUAUUUAAAAUAGGUAUGAAUGGGUCCAGUGUCAUUUGGCAUUCAUCUUUUAUUUGUUGAAUAAGUUAAUAUUAAAAGUUGGAAUAUUAUAUUUUAUUAUUGAGAAAUCAUAGAUUAAGUUAUUUAAUGAUUUGGCACAGCUUUGUGCUAUUAUAUUCCUUUGUGUGGCUUUUAUAG